AUGGUGAGCAAAGAAGACGCCAACUACAUUGUUCUUUCAAACUCAGAUGACUCCGAUUCAGAUACAGGCCCCUCACACAGCCUUGAUGCACAGUCCGGACCAGAAUCAGGCAAGCCACAGGUGAAGAAGAGAAACAAGGCUUUACAAGUUCGUUUUAGGGAUAUCUGUGAGGCCCAGAAUGAGUUUCGGGGAAAACGCUCCAGAUCCAUUUCCUCCAAAGUGACACAGAGAAAGUAUAUGACCAUGCCCGCCAGACGCUCUAUUCCAAACGUGACCAAGAGCACCGGAGUCCAGACUUCGCCGGACCUCAAUAAACGAUACAAGACUUUCCCUUUCGAGAGGAAAAAAGGACAUACAUUCAAACAUACUGCUUUGGUGGAAGAUUAUAAAGGACAAAAUAAUGGUUUUUUGAGCGAUAUAAAGACAGUAGUAGAUGAAGGACAACCCAUUGGCGAUUCCUCAAAGUACAAGGGUAAGAUUGUGGGGCAAACUAAAGCUUUGCUUCACCACACUGAUGACACCAGUGAUACGGAGGAUUUGCUUUCGCGUGCCAACUGUCUGGAUGGACCCUCUCGUCCUGACUCUUCACAUUUCUCGGAAGAGUGCCAUCAGGUUAGCCCUGCUUCAAAAAGAGAAACAGAGUACCAGGGUUGUGGGACAAGGACCAAACACAAAGGAUUACCCAAAGAAGAUACGGACGCUGGCACUUCCUCAAAGCGCCAGCUUGCUUACUCAGAGUUUUCCCAGGACAAGUCGAGGGGCGCGGGCCCUGUUGCGUGGAACUCUUUGACACAGGUGGAGUCUUUAGGAAGCCCGUCUGUGAGCUGUAAACGGAAAAAGGGUACACAGCUAAACGAACAGCAGUCACAGACGCUUCCCCAUAGUGCCAAAUGUUCAGUGCAGUCACAAGGGCAUAGUCGGACCAGGCAUGCAUCAGCCUCCUCUAAACUUCAGCAAACAGUUGGGGGGGACGAGGGCUUUCCUCCAAGAGACACACGAGCCCCAGGCAUGCGGAGCAGCCAGCAGAUAAUGCCCUUAUCUGAAGACAAGGAUAUCAAAGUGCAGCUGCAGGCGAUGGAGAACCUCAUCAACUCCAGCCAAGAGACCAUCAAGGUGCUACUUGGAGUUAUUCAGGAGCUGGAGAAAGGGGAAGCGCAGAGAGGAGGGCUCACCUACCGAACAGGACAAGACACAGCAAAUUGUGACACUUGUCGAAACAGCGCAUGCAUCAUUUACAGUGUGGAGCUGGACUUUAAACUGCAGGAGGAUAAAAUACAGCCCCUGAUUAAGAGACUUUACCCUCUGGAUAGUCAACAAUGCCCCGCUCUGCCUUACUCCAAUGAAGUGUUCACAUCCACCCCCAAGCGCAAGUCCAAGACAGAGUCCAAAAAGCAUUCUCGUUGGAAACUUUGGUUCCUUUGAAUAAUACAUGAAGGUUUUGGAAACAG